AUGUCCACCACCGUCCACGUCAAGAACAUCGCUGGCGAGACCUCCGAGAAGGAAGUCCGUGACUUCUUCAGCUUCUGCGGCAAGAUCUCCUCCCUCUCCCUCACCCCCGAGACCAGCGAGAAGGCCAGCACCCAAUCGGCCACCGUCACCUUCGAGAAGGAGACCGCCGCCAAGACCGCGCUCCUCCUCGACAACACCCAGCUCGGCCCCAGCCAGGUCCACGUCAGCGCGGCCCAAUCCCUCGACGACCUGAGCGGCGCCCGCGGCGGCGACGGCAAAGACGACGAACUCUCCCAGGAGGACAAGCCCCGCUCCCGCGUGGUGGCCGAGAUGCUCGCCCACGGCUACGUGAUCGGCGACAACGCGAUCCAGCGCGCCCUGGCCCUCGACCAGCAGCACGGCAUCAGCACCCGCUUCACCACCGCCCUCACCCAGUUCGACCAGCGCUUCAAGGCGACCGAGACCGCCCAGGGCCUGGACCAGAAGUACAGCAUCACCCAGCGCGCCACCGACGGCUGGAAGAGCCUGUACUCGUACUUCGACAAGGCCCAGGAGACCCCCACCGGCCAGCGUCUCCGCGCCUUCUACGACCAGGGCCAGAAGCAGGUCCUCGACGUGCACAACGAGGCCCGCCACCUGGCCGCCCUGAAGCAGGGCAAGGACCCCAAGGACCUGGGCGCCGGGCAGACCGCCGCACAGGGCAGCGGCGAGGCUCCCGCAGCCUCGGAGAAGGUGGCCGAGGCCGCGCCGACGGAGACCAAGGCGUGA